GUGUUUGGGGGAGGCAGAGACAGAGGGGCAGGGACGGGACGGUGCGCGGUCAAUCCAACUUCGCCGAAGUUGGGACCGGAGCUCUCAGCCUCAUCCCCGCGUCCGUGCGGAGAUGCGGCGGUCGUCUGUCAGUGACACAGCGCAGAUCACAUAGACGGAGACUGUUAGAGAGGACAAGAUGACGGUCCUCAAGGACCUCCCGGAGAAAUGGUUCCCAGUCGUUCUGCCUCUGCAGAGGAGGAAACAGAAAGGGCUGAAUGGAGCCAAGUCACAAAAGAAGCGGACAGAGGAGGAGAGAAGGGUCAGAGCCAAUGACAGAGAGUACAAUGAAAAAUUUCAGUAUGCGAGUAACUGCAUCAUGACAUCCAAGUACAACGUCAUCACCUUCCUGCCCGUCAACUUGUUUGAGCAGUUCCAGGAAGUCGCCAACACCUAUUUCCUGUUCCUGCUCAUACUGCAGUUAAUACCUCAGAUCUCCUCCCUCUCCUGGUUCACCACCAUCGUGCCUUUAGCUCUGGUGCUGAGCAUCACUGCAGUAAAGGAUGCCACAGACGACUAUUUUCGUCACAAGAGCGACAACCAGGUGAACAACCGUCAGUCUCAGGUCCUCAUCCGUGGCUCGCUACAAAAUGAAAAGUGGAUGAACGUUCGAGUGGGUGAUAUCAUUAAGCUGGAAAACAACCAGUUUGUGGCAGCUGACCUGCUCCUGUUGUCCAGCAGUGAACCUCACGGGCUCUGUUACAUCGAGACAGCCGAGCUGGACGGAGAGACGAAUAUGAAGGUGCGUCAGUCUGUCUCAGUGACAUCUGAACUCGGAGACCAGAACAACUUGGCUUCAUUCGACGGUGAGGUGGUGUGUGAGCCCCCCAACAACAAGCUGGAUCGUUUCUGCGGGACUCUGUACUGGCGAGACAAGAAAUACAACCUGACCAAUCAGAACAUGCUGCUACGGGGAUGUGUCCUGCGCAACACAGAGGCCUGCUAUGGCCUGGUCAUCUUCGCAGGCCCAGACACCAAACUGAUGCAGAACAGCGGUCGCACCAAGUUUAAACGUACGAGCAUCGAUCGCCUGAUGAACACUCUGGUCCUCUGGAUCUUUGGCUUCCUGGUGUGUAUGGGUGUGAUCCUGGCUGUGGGUAACGCAGUGUGGGAGAGAGAGGUGGGCUCCUUGUUUCAGAGCUACCUGCCCUGGGACCCUCCUGUAGACAACUUCCUGUUCUCAGCCUUCCUCUCCUUCUGGUCCUAUGUCAUCAUUCUCAACACCGUGGUGCCUAUCUCUCUGUAUGUCAGUGUGGAGGUGAUCAGGCUGGGCCACAGCUACUUCAUUAACUGGGACCAGCAGAUGUUCUGCUCACAGUGUAACACCGCAGCUGAGGCCAGGACCACCACUCUGAACGAGGAGCUGGGCCAGGUUGAGUACAUCUUCAGUGACAAGACUGGAACUCUGACCCAGAACAUCAUGAGCUUCAAUAAGUGCUCCAUCAAUGGACAGACUUAUGGUGAGGCGACAGACCCACUGGCACCUCAGCCGACGAGAUUGGACUUCACUCCCUUCAACCCGCUGGCGGACCAGGACUUCUGUUUCUAUGAUGACACGCUGCUGGAAUCAGUGAAAGUGGGAGACUCACACACCCAUGAGUUUUUCCGCCUGCUCUCCCUCUGUCACACCGUCAUGAGUGAGGAGAAGAGCGAGGGAGAGCUGGUUUAUAAGGCCCAGUCUCCAGAUGAGGGCGCUCUCGUCACGGCAGCCAGAAACUUCGGCUUUGUGUUCCGCUCACGAACGCCCGGGACGAUAACCACGACAGAGAUGGGACGUCCUGUCACCUACACUCUGCUUGCUAUACUGGACUUCAACAACAUACGCAAGAGGAUGUCUGUUAUAGUGCGUAACCCAGAGGGCAGGAUCCGUCUGUACUGUAAAGGAGCUGACACCGUUCUGCUAGAGAGACUCCACCCCUGUAACCAGGAACUGAUGAACAUCACCUCAGACCACCUCAAUGAGUAUGCAGCAGAUGGUUUGCGGACGCUGGCGCUGGCCUACAGGGACGUGUCAGAGGACGAGUGGGAGACGUGGUCAGAGAGCCACCGCUGCGCUGACAAGGCCACCAACUGCAGAGAUGACCGACUGGCGGCCGCGUAUGAGGAGAUAGAACAAGACAUGAUGCUCCUGGGAGCCACAGCUAUAGAGGACAAGCUGCAGGAAGGUGUCCCAGAAACCAUCGCUGUCCUCUCUCUGGCUAACAUUAAGAUCUGGGUUCUGACUGGAGACAAGCAGGAGACGGCUGUCAACAUCGGCUACUCCUGCAAGAUGUUGACAGAUGACAUGACCGAGGUGUUCAUCAUCAGUGGACACACCGUGCAGAGCGUACGGCAGGAGCUCAGGAGGGCGAGGGACAGGAUGAUCGUGCUGUCACGGAGCAGAGAUGGAGAGAAGGAGGAGGGGAUGGAGGGAUGGGCAGAGGCGGGUUUCAUGGGCAACGGGUUCAGAGAAGGGCAAGAAGGAGAUGGCACAGCGGCGGCAGCAGCAGCAGCAGGAGGGAAACAGCUGCAGUGCCCUCCACCUCCACCUCCACCCUCCAACAACCUCAUGGACAACAUCUCUGGAGAGUUUGCCCUCGUAAUCAACGGUCACAGUCUGGCCCAUGCGCUUGAAGCAGACAUGGAGACGGAGUUUGUGUCGACAGCGUGCGCGUGCAAAGCGGUGAUCUGCUGCAGAGUCACCCCGCUGCAGAAAGCCCAGGUGGUGGAGCUCAUCAAGAAGCACAAGAAGGCCGUCACCCUGGCCAUAGGAGACGGCGCUAACGACGUUAGCAUGAUCAAAAGUGCUCAUAUCGGAGUUGGUAUCUCAGGUCAGGAGGGGAUACAGGCCGUGCUGGCCAGUGACUACUCCUUUGCCCAGUUCCGCUUCCUGCAGCGCCUCCUGCUGGUGCACGGCCGCUGGUCCUACCUGCGCAUGUGCCGCUUCCUGUGCUACUUCUUCUACAAGAACUUUGCCUUCACCAUGGUGCACUUCUGGUUUGGCUUCUUCUGUGGCUUCUCUGCACAGACGGUGUACGAUCAGUACUUCAUCACUCUCUACAACAUUGUCUACACAUCCCUCCCUGUGCUGGCCAUGGGGAUAUUUGACCAGGACGUUCCUGACAAGAGGAGUCUGGAGUAUCCAAAACUGUACGAGCCUGGACAGCUCAACCUCCUUUUCAACAAGAGAGAGUUCUUCAUCUGCAUCGCCCAGGGUAUCUACACAUCCGUCGUGCUGUUCUUUGUCCCCUUCGCCGUCCUGUCCGACGCCACUCAGAGCACCGGCGUUCCCCUCGCUGACUACCAGACCUUCGCGGUCACCACGGCCACAGCUCUGGUCAUUGUGGUCAGCGUUCAGAUCGCUCUUGACACAGGCUUCUGGACAGUUAUCAACCAUGUGUUUGUGUGGGGCUCUCUGGGCUCCUACUUCACCAUCAUGUUCGCUCUGCACAGUCAGACCCUCUUCAGGAUCUUUCCCAAUCAGUUCCACUUUGUAGGCAGCGCCCAGAGCACAUUACUGCAACCAGUCGUGUGGUUAACUAUUGCACUGGCAACAGCAAUAUGUAUAGUUCCAGUUUUGGCAUUCCGCUUCCUCAAGGUGGACCUCAAACCUCAGCUCUCAGACACGGUACGCUACACUCAGCUGGUGCGGCAGAAGAAGCGAAAGCCGAUAGGCCGAAGCGUGGGCGGCGCCUGGCGUGGGGCGGGCAGCGCGUCAGAGGGCCGUCUGGGUGCUCGUGGCGGUUCUCGAAGGUCAGGCUAUGCCUUCGCCCACCAGGAAGGGUUUGGAGAGCUGAUCACCUCAGGGAAGAACAUGAGGCUCUCGUCUCUGGCCCUGGCCACCUUUGCCUCCAGACACAGUUCCAGCUGGAUCGACACGCUCCGCAGGAAGAAACACACUCACACUCACACUCCUCCCAGCGCCUCCGGGGAGUGUAGCCCGGCGCCCAGCUGUAUAUCUGGGUCAGUUCCACCGCUCUCCAACUCAUCUUCUGUUCUGGGCGGCUCACAGGAUACGCCCAUCGAGGAGGAAACGGGCACGCCACCGGCCCAGAAUGCACAGAGUGAUCUCGCCUCAUCCACACAAACCCAACCAGCUUCAGAAGCCGCUGCAGCCCAGGCUUCAUCCCAGGCAGUCACCCUCACAGCAGGGAGGACUCAUGUGGGAGACUCACCUGGAGGCUGGGCGGCCACUCUGGGGACUGUGCAGGAAGCGCUGUUUGGUUGGAAAAGUCGUGCCGCUGCAUCAAACAGCCCAGGCCCACCAUCUGUUGCCAAGGAUACCAGCCAGAUUGUGUGAAACAUUCAGAAAAAAAAUGGAGGAUUUACUUGUUCACUACUGUCCAUCACAUGUUUGCACAAUCAUGCAGGGGCUGUACGGUGCCUCAGUGAGGAGAUACUGAGAGCACACGGACAAACCGCUUUUCUCUCUUCCCAACUGAAAGCAAAUGAAUCCAAAUCACAGGAAAGAAGACGUCCCAAUGACGCGGGCGUGCGUCGAAUGAUAACUGUGUUCAUGGCUGAUAGAGCAUCUCGAGAUUUACGCUAAAUAUCUGAGGGUGAAGCAGCAGGAGCAGAAAGAGAUGUCAAGAAAAUGUCAUUUUAAUGAUCUAAAAGUUUGUUUUUUCGACUUCAGAAAGUUUAGCCUCAAAAAAUAUCCUCAAGCCUCUGUGUUCACUAUAGUUCUCAGUGAGAACGGCCCUUUAAGUUACAGAGCGCUGCAAGACUGUUGCAAAACCCGUGUCCCUUUUGUCUCAUUGAUCCGUUUUCUUACUUGUUGGACUUGUUUUUCCUUUCUUUCUUUGCAUCAUAUUGAUGUGUUUUAUAAUGGCCCAGUUGAGUUGCACCUUAAAGCAAGCUCUUAGUGCUUCCCCCCCUCUUUUCAUGUUCAGAUCAUGUUAAUGUAACUCUGAUGUGAUGUCUCAUAAGAAAGAAACUGCCGCUGGCUUACUUUUCUUUAAAUCUUUAAAUCUGGGCAAAGAGCAAAGGAGCUCGAGGCAGCGAUGGACAUUUAAAGGCGGUUUAUCAAAUCCUCAGUCGUACAUGUCGUCAUUCUGUGAACAGUUUACACUGAAUGCGUACCGAACACUUCAGCAAAGUGCUUUACAUUUUUAUUUUGUGCUGAAUAAAUAGAAAGGCGUUUGGGGAUAAUCAUGCCUUAACAAUGACGACAUUUCUGGCUCCUGCUAAAUUGAUCAAGUUCAAUGUCCCAUCUGUGUUUUAUAGUAAAUGCGCUUAUCAAAUACUGACCCCUGACCUAGAUUGGGAUGAGAUAAAGAUUAAGUACAGGGUGAUCAGAGGGUACAUAUGAACCUGUUUUUUGUAUCUGUGCUUGUAAAACAAUCCGAAUCAAAGCAAUCUAAGAAUGAAAACACAACAUAAUGUUACUGCGAGCUGCAAAAACAAGGCUGUAAAUGAAUGUACUGUGCAGUGUUUGGCUCCAUGAAUUGUUUAAGCAUGGGUCAACUCUUGAACAUGGAGCUGUUGAAUGAGGGUCAAUAAACAUGUCAUCUCUCUUUCACGUAAAAAAAAAAAAAAA